UUUGGUUGCGGGUCGUGGUGGGGCACCACCCAUUAAGCUUUCUGCGCACGCGCUCGGACUACAUUGUUCCAGUGCCCAAACUGCCUUAGCUAGGAAGAGAGAGCGUCUCGGGUGCUGAGUGCUGCCGAGGACUUGUCUCUCCGCGGCGGCGUUCCUAGACACACCCGGUCUUGGAAGGAAUGACGUCAAGAUAGAGCCACCCGAAGGCGUCCGAAUGUCUCUGAAUCCUGACGCUCCAACCCCUUCGGCUUCCAUCAGCUCGUCUUAAGGGGCGGGGCUCCCUCUGUUCUCCCGGCGAGUCUACACUUUGCUAGCAAUGCCUCUGCCGCAGGGUGACGUGACUGCCUUAUUCCUGGGGCCUCCGGGCUCGGGAAAGUCCGCGCUGAUCUCCGCGUUAUGUGGCAAGAAUGUGGAAACGGUAGAGAUUCCUGAAGGACGACCGGAUUCUGGAGUCCCCAUUCUGAGAGCUGCGGCCCCAGGCCUCUUCCUAGGCGAGCUGAGCUGCCCACCCGCAGCUCCAGGACCCUGGGCGGCGGAGGCCAACUUGCUGGUAUUGGUUCUACCAGGAUCUGAGGGGACUGAGGAGCCCUUGACCCCAGCUCUGGGAGAGGCAGCGCGGGCCGCCCUGGCCCGAGGGACCCCGCUGCUGGCUGUACGGAAUCUCCGUCCUGGAGAUUCCCAGAAUGAAGCUCAGGCCCGGGAUCAAACUGCGGCCUUGCUGAACAGCGCUGGGUUAAGAGCUGCUCCUCUCUUUGUGCUACCGGCCGAUUGCAGCAGCAGUGACCGCUGCGAGGAGCUGGAGCGCCUGCAGGUGGUGCUGCGGACCCAGGCAGAGGCGCUGCAGAGGCUCCUGCCACCUGCCCAGGAUGGCUUCGAGGUGCUGGGCGCAGCAGAGCUGGAAGCUGUACGCGAGGCCUUCGAGACCGGUGGCCUGGAGGCGGCACUGUCGUGGGUGCGCGCUGGCCUGGAGCGCCUGGGCAGCGCGCGACUGGACCUGGCGGUGGCCGGCGCUGCCAAUGUAGGACUUGUGCUGGACAUGCUACUGGGCCUGGAUCCCGGCGACCCAGGUGCUGCGCCUGCCUCAGAGCCCACUGGACCCACCCCUUAUCCGGCUCCAGAGCGCCCCAACGUGGUGCUCUGGACCGUUCCCUUGGGCUCCACGGCCACAUCCCCUCCCGCCACCCCUCACCCGACCCACUAUGAUGCCCUGAUCCUCGUCACCCCUGGGGCUCCCACCGAAGAGAACUGGGCCCAGGUCCGCUCGUUGGUGUCCCCAGAUGCUCCACUCGUCGGUGUGCGCACGGACGGCCAGGGCGAGGAUCCACCCGAGGCUCUGGAAGAAGAAAAACCUGAGAAGCUCGAGAAUGCAAGCGGCGGGAAGUCAGGGGAUGCACGCAGCGAAGGAAAAGAAAACCCUGGCUCCGGGGACUCAGGGCCCAUGGCUGCUCGGAGCCCGGAAGAUGAGCCGUGGGAGGUGUUGGAGGAAGUGCCUCCGCCGGUGUUCCCUCUGCGCCUAGGUGGUCUUCCGGGACUGGGAACCUGGCUGCAGCGUGCACUCCCUGUGGCUCAGUCCGGGGCACUUCUGCUGGCGCUGCCACCCUCAAGUCCCCAGGCGGCGCGGAGGAAGGCGGCGGCGCUGCGAGCAGGAGCAUGGAGGCCAGCCCUGCUGGCCAGCCUGGCGGCAGCGGCCGCCCCAGUACCAGGAUUGGGCUGGGCUUGCGACGUGGCGCUUCUCCGGGGACAGCUGGCUGAGUGGCGGCGCUCGCUGGGCCUCGAACCAACGGCAGUGGCGCGCCGUGAGCGCGCCCUGGGCUUGGCUCCUGGAGUGCUGGCCGCGCGCACGCGCUUCCCGGGCCCAGUGACACGCGCUGAGGUGGAGGCCAGAUUGGGGUCCUGGGCCGGCGAGGGCACAGCGGGAGGUGCGGCGCUGGGCGCACUCUCCUUCCUAUGGCCCGCGGGUGGCGCAGCAGCGACAGGUGGGCUGGGUUACCGUGCUGCUCAUGGUGUACUGCUGCAGGCCCUGGAUGAGAUGCUGGCUGAUGCUGAGGCGGUGCUGGGACCCCCAGAGCCCAAUCAGUGAGGAGUGUGGUAGGGGCUGGGGUGCCUGGUGACUUGGUUUCUGGCCCCACAGCCUCUGAGAUUGAGGGGUGGUACUCAGACCCGGGGACUUGAAGGAGACUGACUUCUUGUUGAAAUCUGCGACAUACAGUCACCUGAUUUCCUGGGUUAUGAAUGGGAGUAGGGUUUGAACGCCAUUCGUUUGCCUUUCAGACGCUAAUGCAGUGAAGGGAGUUGGGGGCCUGGGCUCCUAGAAAUGGGAGUCUCUUGGCCUCCAGCUGGCACCUGGUCCUAGCUAUUUAAGCCUAAAUUACUGCCUGUGAGUGGACCUAUGGCUGUGAGCCUGGUACUAUAGAGAGUUAGAACCCUUGAAGGGCUGGGUCCCAAUGGGAAACAAGAUGUGUAAGUUGCCCCGGAAAGAACAGGUUUUCGGGACCCAAACGGACUUGGGACCUUCAUUUCAGGAGCCAUGAGAGUCUUAAAUGCUGGUUCUUAAGAAUUGGGACUUCGGUUGUCAAUUCCUGUGUGGUGGGAAACCCUGUAGAGACGCUCUGGUCUCAUGGAGAAUGGAGGUUCGUCCACCAUUUGAUCUCCGAGGCUUUGUUGUAGAGAACCUUGACCUACA